CAGCCUGCAAACUCAGUCAGAACAAACUCAACAAAACUGCAACUGCAACAACCAACCAACCAACCACCACCGCCACAACGUUCGAACCAACCCGCAACAGCACCACCGCCGCAACAGCUCCGGCACUCGUCGCUAUCAAUAUAGCAGUAUUCACAACUUAUCCCUCGAAUAUCGCAAGCAGUCCGAGAGAGGAAGGUCCGCCAUCUUGAGGCCAAUCUGCAACUUGCUCAACUUCCCAGAACGCACACCGUCAACGCCUGCAGACUCGCCUGAGAAUCACGCAUACGCUGAGUGGGAAGGUAACAGAGGACGAGCAAAAAUACCGCCCGACAGACCCGCCCAGCCCACACAGGCGAGAAGAAACCUCACCCCUGAGAAUCACUGAGAAUCGCCUAGCCAAAUGUAUGUCGAGGUCCUAGGGAACCUAGACAUCUCCGUCCUCUCCUGCUCGCUCCCUCGCGACGUCAACCUCAAAGACCGCGAACUCUACACCCGCCUCUCCCUCGACGGCUCCGACUGGCGGAAUACCCACGUCUGCCCACCCACCAGCGCCUCCCCGACCGAGCGGCGGCCAACCCUCGGCCGCCGCGGGUUUUCCCCACCACGCCUCAUCACACACACCCUCGACACCUUCCCAACAACCCUACCCAUCACGCAGGACACGCAUCAUGUGUAUAUCGAGGUGUGGACGCUGAAACGCGAGGGGGAUAAGGAGGAAUGUAUCGCAAAGGGGAAACAUUCCAUAAAAGACGCGAAAGUGCUGGAGAUGGAGGAGGCGGAGGUCAAGGUCGAUCUACACUGGAACCUGCACAUGAACCGCGGUUACGCGCUUCUGCGUAUGGCGUUUGUCAAGAAACAGCCAGGUCCACCGCUGGUCGCUUUGCCCCACGGCGCGUUACCGGAACCGACGUCGCCGCUAGAGAAGCCGAAGCUGGCGGAUAAGUUCAAGGAGACGGUGCGGAAAUUGUCGAAAACGGAUCUGGAUACGGUGUUGAGGAGGGCGUCGAGGACCCUGCCGAGGGCGCCGGAUAGGUUACCGUCGUCGAGUGAGCAGCUGUCACAGUCGCUUUGAUUCCGCGUGCCAUGAGUUCCCCCAUUCCAAUCCGCUAUUUUGUUUCUUAUAUCUCAAUGGAGAUACCCAUUUUGGCUAUUGAAAUUUUGUCAUACCCUUUUACCUACCCCUCGCUGUUCCCAAGCGUCACUCUCUCGCUACACCACUCUGCACACCGUCUUUUUGUGUAUUUCUUUAAAACGAAGGAAAGCUGGCCUUUUUCCUUGAGAAACUAUGCAUGGCGCACCCGAAACCCCAAAUCGAGCAUGGGUGUCACCCGCCGGGGUCUAACGCAGUACAUCGCUUGCCUACAGGCUACAGUGGAGA